AUGCCUCGCGCAAUGCUACCAUCAUCACGCGGCUCGCAUACCCCGAGAGCACCCAUCACGCCGCAGGGGUCCCGCUCUAUUCUACAUGGCUCGAGCGGAGAUCCUAUUGUAGUUGAGGACCAGACCCCAGGCUCAAAUCGCAAAAACCCAAUCACACUAGAUGACGAUGAUGAGGAUGCCCAAUCAUCGUCCAAACGGAGGCGAACUGAAGUUCUUGAGGCCAGUGCGAGCAAGUCAACCAAAUUGCGAGAAAACUUCUUAGGGCUGAGAAAGCUCUCGAACGUAGAGCCGAUAGCUCCAGACGACGGUCAUGAGUUUGGAGGAUCGCCUACUGGACAGUGCCCCUCUGCGAAUGCGACGGCAAUAACACCAACCCACCGGGUUAGGAGAUCCGUGCUCUUGACCCCAAAGGUCCCAUCAUCGCUUGUUCGCAGUAAGCCAACGUCUGUGGCGCGACGUCUUUCCUUUGCCGACCCCGAUCAAACAUACACAGGCUCGGGGCAGGAGCCGUCCCAACCUCGUCAAGAAAGUGAAUACAUCGUACCCCACAACUUCCUUCGAGGAUCUUCCAUCGAAGAGCUGAGGAUCAAUCCUGACGAUACUAUGCUCAAGCAACCUAUCCCACGUGCCAAAGUUGUUCAGCAAACAGAGUCAGAAAAUGACAAGGGGACAGUGCAACACAGAGAGCAAUACCACUCCGACGACGAAACCGAGAUUGUAUUGAAAGUUGCUCACAAUGAACUGACACAGCCUUUGCCUACCGGCUUGCUGUCUGUUACUUCUGCGACGGAUGGCAAGGCGUUUGAAAAGUCGCAGCGGCAUCAAUAUGUAAGCUUGAAAGAUGUAUCAUCACUGCCUUCACACGUACAUCGCGAUGUCGAUGACGAUCAAGUCAGUGUUGCCUCCUCCAGAACGUUGUCACCGGACCUGCCCUCGCCGACAGUAUCGCAAACACCCAACCUUCAAAAUAUCGGAGUCACUACCCCAUCGAACAGCACCAGUCAGAGAAAAUCUGGCCCAAACACUGAACGGACCUUCGUUUUGGGAGCUCCAACAAUGAAUCCGUUUGAGACUCAAGAUGCCAAAGUCGAUCGCAGUAUGAAUGCUAGGCCUGUCGAUACCCCAAACAUCUUGUCAUCCCGCUCAGCCGCAGUCAAGAAGGUCCGAAAUGCUCGAUUUGGAAAGUCCGCACCGGGUACUGUCGUAUACAGAGGUCGAAAGCAUAGGUCCUCAAAAAAGAUUGUCGCCAAGGGUAUCUGGGGAUUGACCAACUACUUACACAAUGAUGCGAGAAUUGACCAUGAUGAAGAUCGUUCGGGAAUUGCCUCCUCUCAUGUUGGGUCACUCAACUCCAUCAGAGUCGACAUUGCUCCAGUGCAAUCAUCUGCACGUCCUGUCGGCAUCCGCCCUGCCCGACUUGAAGUCUUUCGCUCCACGCUCGAUGGGGGCAGGUUCCGCUCUAACCCUGUCCCGUUCAAAGAUGUCCUUUAUGGCGUAAACUCAUGGGUCAACCUUGCUGCGGGACAUUACACCUUCAGAACUGAUGAAGCGGAAAGUGCGCUUGUUGAGCUAUCCAACAUGGGAGAACUUGAAUUUGACAGCAAGGACAAGUUGGUGAGGUUUCCUGGUGGAGAUCCAGAAGACGAAGCGUCAGUGCCGGAAAUACUAAGAAACGACGAAAGGCAAUCAUCGCAAGCCGUGUCACAUCGUCAAGGGGUCUCACAGGUCCCGCAGCUUGGUGAGGCAUCAACAUCAUCCCAGGACGUGAUACGUAGCCAUGCUGUUGGAUCUCAGAGUGUCCUGUCGUCGGUGUUGCAGGAGCAGCCAGAAAUCUCGCUGGAAGCUCUCGCUCAAUACCCUGCAGUUGUCCAAACUCGCCCAGGAAUUUCACGAGACACCAAUGACAGGACUUCCUCACACGCUCAAUUUGUGGAGUCUACACCAACACCAGUCCCAUACUCGAAUGCACCCAUCUCGGCUCGACAAUCUCUCUUCCGCACCACCUUCGGCCAACUCAAGGAUGGGCCGCUCGUUGUCGAUGACGCUGCUGAAUUUGAUGAUAUAAUUACUGCGGUAAAUGGCAAACUUGCUGUCGGAACUCAUCCAUUCAAUGCCGACGAGGCUAGACAGGUGUUGAAGGAGAUGAGCGACCGGAACGAAAUCAUGUACUCUGCUGGAAUUGUAUACAUCGUUUAG